AUGCCCCUGAGCGAUGCGCAAUUCUUGGCGCUCGUGAAGUCGCUGGCGCAGGAGCUGCCCUCGGCUUUUCCUGCACGCUGCCGUGCGGCGAUUGAAGAGCUCUCCGAGAAGGGCGCUGAAAGAGGGAAAGAUCUUCCUCCGGACCUGUGCAAAGCGGUCCUGACCUUCGUCUGCUCGGUGGCAUCUCCACGUGUUGCUGCGCAGCCGGAGCUCCAGUUCCCCUGCUUGGAGCUGCUGGGAAGAGCAGGCCUGGCUGUUCGAGCCUAUGACGAGGAUGCCAGCAAGGCAGAUGUGCAGGCCUUCUUCUUCAAGCUGCUCAAAAAGGAGGCCAAAGCACAGCCAGCGUUCAAGCCAAGAGUCAUGGUCUUCCUGCUGCAGUACCUCCUGCGCUGGCUCCAGUCGAGCAAUGCUUUGAAGAGCAUCUCAAAGGAAGGCGCCUUCAAGCCUGAGGUGAUCACAUCCUUGUUGGAGACGCUGGCCGCGGAGAUGGGCAAAUGUCUCCGAUGGCAGCAGAGGUGGCAGCUCAAGGCAACACGGGCCCUGCGCAAGGUCUUGGCCGCCACUCGUGAGGUUGCAAUACCUUGGGCGCUGGCCUUCCUGAAGAAGGCUGAGGACCCUCCGGCACUGCUGGUCGCCGCCAUUACCACCAGUGAGGGUGUUGAUCGUGCUGCCUUGAUGGAGCUCUACACGAAACAUGUCCUGGAGGCCAAGAAGCCAUUGGCCGAGUUUAGCCUCGCCGCAUGGGGUCCGGCAGUUAGCGGAGCCAGCGCGGAGGAGUUUGAAAAGCAGCUCCUACCAACAGCUAUGCGGAUGAUGAAACGACAGCCGGCAGCCAGCGCAACAUCCUUCCCUGCCAUGGUGAACAAGGCAAAGCUGGAUCUUUCAUCUCAAGCAAAGGAGCUGCUAGAUCUGGCUCCCGAGAGACUCAAAGACAAGGCAACUGAACCGUCGGAGAAAAGUUCACCGGUGGUGCAGGAGAAACGCUUGAGUGGCCGACAGCUCGUCCGCGAUGUGGUAGCAAAGUCGGCCGACUUGACAGCGCUGGUAGCUGUUGCUGAGGCCACAGAUGCGCUUCUUGCGUAG